CAGCUAAGGAGAACGCAUCACCGAUGUACACAUCACCAACACUCAGCUAAGGAAAAUGCAUCGCCAACAGAUAUGCAUUUUCCGGGAAGUUAGAACAUCGUCCCGAAUUUCCAGUUAUAAUUUCCCGGAAAAUGCAUAUCUACCUGCAAUUAUAAAAGCAAUCAACAAUAAAACUGGAGCUUUCUGAUUAAGAUACACAAGAUUAAACUCAGUAACAGUUUGUCCAUGGACCAAAGUUCCGAACCCCAGCCUCUUCCUCCGCGUCCCAGCUCGUCUCUGCCGGGACCAGAGUCACUGCCGAUCAACUUCUCCGAGUUAGAGCGCGACCAAAAACCGAUUAGAAGCGGAGCCGGAGGCACGGUGUACAAAGCCGUUCACAAACCCACCGGCCGGCUCUACGCGGUGAAAGUGAUCGACGGCAUGGACUUCCGUGACUACUCGGUCCCGCGUCAGAUCAUCCAAGAGUUCCAAGUCCUCCGCGACGUUGCUAACCCUAACAUCGUCAAGUGCUACGACAUGUUCAACCACAACGACGAUAUCCACGUCCUCCUAGAAUACAUGGACGGAGGUUCAUUGAAAGGCAAGUACAUCAACAACGAGAAAGCUCUCUCCGACUUGGCUAGGCAGAUCCUCACCGGCUUGACUUUUCUCCACGGACGGCACGUAGCCCACAUGGAUAUCAAGCCCUCGAAUCUCUUGAUCAACUCCCGGCAUGAAGUCAAGAUCGCAGAUUUCGUUGGGAGAGUUUUGGCCAAGACUAUGGAUCCGUGUAAUUCUUCUGUGGGGAACAUAGCAUAUAUGUGCCCGGAGAGAAUCAAUACCGAUCUAAAUCACGGAAAGUUUGACGCCUGCACCGGCGAUAUAUGGAGCGUCGGAGUCAGCAUCUUGGAGUUUUACAUAGGGCGGUAUCCCUUCUCUGCGCACAAGGGAGAUUGGAGCUUGAUGUGGGGCAUAUGUAUGUCUCAGCCUCCUGAAGCUCCUAUAUAUGCGUCAAGAGAGUUGAGGCAUUUCAUUGCUUGCUGUUUGCAGAGAGAGCCGAAAAAGAGACUGUCGGCGGCGCAGUUGUUGCAGCACCCAUUUGUCUCCGGCAACAGCAGCGGACAGAAGUAGGUUAGUCAGAAUCUGCAUAUUCCAUGUACAACAUUCGCGCCCACUUCCUUAUUAGCUAGCACUUUCAAUCUCUGCCAAUUACUGUAAUGAUGAUGCUGGUUAUCAAUAUUCAGCGAACCUUUGAGAUUCAAUGCACGAGAUUACACAGAAAAGGAAAGUUGCCGAGAUUCUUUUAAUUUUCUUUUUUCCUUUCUUUCCCUCUCUGUUUGGAACUGGCUGGGUUUAUAACAUUUUCAUAAAGCUCUUCUUAUCUUUUCUAUCCAUGCCUUUCAUGUUUAUUUGGUAAUAUAUAUGAAGUAAGCCAAGUAGCACUUCAUUGUCACAAAAAAAAAAACAAAAAAACAAAAAAGAAGAUGAAGAAGAAGAAGAAGAAGAAGAAGAAGAAGAAGAAGAAAAGAAGAAGAAGGAGAAGUAGGCCAAGUAGCACACUGGUUUUGAAGAGGAGAGGAGCUUUAUUAUUGAAGGGAUCGGGUUUUUCAAAAUACUAUUCUUAUUUGAGUGAUACCAGUGGUGCAACUUUAAUUUAGUAUUCAAUAUCAAUAAUCAUGAGGCAAUUUCUUGAGGGUAAAUGUCACAGUUGCCAUCUUUAUUCAUUGGCAUGGGUAGGUUCCAUCAAGAUUUGGCUCAAGGUUUGCAUGCUGCUUUCAUUGCAGUCAUGUGAUGUAUUUGGAAUUUUAGAAAUAGAGUCAGCUGGUGCACACGUAGGUCUGAUUAAUGGUCACAAGUUGAUUAAUGGGCGCAUAUAUUCUAGUACGAUGGCUUAGGAACUAAUGUUUGGUAAU